AUGAAUAAGCUACUAAGUAGACCUUUUAGAAACGCUAGGAGGAUUCACACAUCAGCUCUUCGCAGGGACUCAGACGAUACAGGCCCGCUAAUCAAAAAGAAGAGGAGAUUCUUCGACCUAAAAUUGUUCAGGCAGCAUUUGCGAAGACAAAAAACAGAAGAAAUUGAAAAUGAAAAAAGAGAAAUUUUGAAGAGUUGUGCAAAGGAUCCUCCAGAAAAUUGGAAUGUUAGAAAGUUCCUCACCAAAAUAGAGAUAGGCGAAAAUAUUGAUGAAAUAGAAAGCGCCUUUAAAAGUUGGGCUGAUUUCAUCACCAUAACUCCAAAGGAGUUGUAUGCAAUGGAAUGCUUAACAAAUGAACAGAGAAGAAAAAUAUGGAAAUAUGUGAAUCAAUUUAACCAUGGAUUAUAUCCUGAAGACUCUUAUGAUGAUUUUGUUCGGAAUUUUCAAGCCCCUCCACUUGAAAAUGAAAAUAAACCAUGGACAAAGGAAGAUGAAGACCAAUUUGCAUAUUACUUAAAUUAUUUCGAUGUAGAUUUUGGGGAUCCAUGGUUAUACAUUUCUUGGAAAAUGAAAAGAACUUUUGAUGAUGUUCAAAAUAAGUACAUUGAAUUAUAUUUGAAAAAAAAAAAUAAAAAUAGGAAAUGUGAAAUUUGUCUUACCAAAUCAACCACCCCUUUGUUAAUGAAUAGAAAAUUUAAAUUGGAUCCCCCCUUCCUUUUUUUUAUUCCUUCUUCUGUUAAUUUUCCUCCAAUGACCAUAUAUGAUUACUGUAAGAAAAAGGAAUCGUUGUCUGUAAGUAAUGAGAGCCAAAACGCGGGUGAUGAAACUGCUCUGCGGAGUGGUUCCUCCCACCAGCGUCCAAUCCAAGAUGCCUUGUAUCCGUCCUAUGCGUCCCUUAUUUUUUCCCCAAACUUUUUGCGGUACGUGGAUAAGGCUUGUUUUUAG